AUGGACAGUGAUACGACGAAGCCAGCAUUCAAAAAGAAAGACCUUUCCGAAGUGAAUCCCAUCAUGGGGAAGAAAAGACAGUGGAAAUCUUUGAAGCAGAUUUUAACACAUGAAAAAACGCUACCUUGGAAGGAAUCGGAUAUCACAUAUUCGACUGUUAAUGCUCCACCGUCACUAAAGCCGGCCAAGAAAUAUUCCGACAUUUCCGGACUGAUUGCACCGUACACGGAUCCACACUCGAAGCUGCGGUACCACAACGUGGAAGAGUACCAAACAAUUCGCACCUUCCCGAUGGAUCUAACCGCUGGCUAUCUGGCACUAAGAGGUGCUACAAGUAUUGUUUAA